UAGGGAGCCCCGGGAGGCGGGCCUAGAACGGCGUCCGCUUGAGGAAGAGGAGCAAAUUCCAAGUUCGCCUCGGCUUGGGCUCCGUGUGGGGGAGGGGCAGCAGGUUUUGCUCAGUGUGUCUCUGAAUAUCCUGACCCCCUCCACCAUGGCCAACCGGGGUGGGGGCCGGGGUCGUGGCCGGGGCCAGCUGACCUUCAACAUGGAAGCAGUGGGCAUCGGAAAGGGGGAUGCUUUGCCUCCACCCACUCUGCAGCCUUCUCCCCUCUUCCCUCCCUUGGAGUUCCGCCCAGUGCCUCUGCCCUCAGGAGAAGAAGGGGAAUAUGUCCUGGCACUGAAGCAGGAGCUACGAGGGGCUAUGAGGCAGCUCCCCUAUUUCAUCCGACCAGCUAUCCCCAAGAAAGGUCAGCUGGCGUCAUGUUGGGAGCACCUGAACUCAGCACAGCUGAGAGAGGCGCAGAAACGCACUCACUGGGGAGACAGGAUUUACUCCUAUGUGGAGCGUUACUCAGACAAAUAUCAGACGUCUGGGCCAAUUGACAGUGCCAUUGACUGGAACCCGGAUUGGCGCCGUUUACCCCGGGAGCUAAAGAUUCGAGUGCGGAAGCUACAGAAGGAGCGGACCACCAUUCUACUCCCCAAGAGGCCCCCUAAGGCCACAGAAGAUAAGGAGGAAACAAUACAAAAACUAGAGACCCUGGAGAAGAAGGAAGAGGAAGUGACUUCAGAGGAAGAGGAGGAGAAAGAAGAAGAAGAAGAAAAAGAAGAAGAGGAGGAGGAGGAGUAUGAUGAAGAAGAACAUGAAGAGGUUGGGGACCUUCUGCCCAGGAAACGGACUACAUCAUGUCAUAUUUUGACAAUGGAGAGGACUUUGGAGGUGACAGUGAUGAUAAUAUGGAUGAGGCUAUAUACUGAAGAAAAACCCUCAAUAACACAUUUCUCUUUAUUGGGGAUGUAGAGAAUAACUAUUACUUAGUUUUAUGAACAAAGAAAACAUCAUUUGGACAGAGUCCAGAUGCCCUCCCUGGUCCCUGAAGAUAGGAAUGGAGAAUGAUGACACAUAGCAUUCUUUCCUCCUCUCCCCUCCUUCCCCUUGUAUCACCUCUCAUAUCGUGGGGAAACGGUCAUUGUCUUAAUCCUGCAAGGGGAGAAAGGAGCAUUGAAAGCAUAACUGGCUUGUUAGGGCUGAGACAGUUACACACAUUCCUUCCCAACUUUUACAGCUUUUUGUGUAUGUAAUUGGGGGUGGGAGUAGUUAGAAGGAGUAAGACUGGUUUUAUUUUUUUCUCUUCUUAAAAUUAGUAUAUGUUUGUGAUACAUCAUAAAUGAAUUCAUUGUGGGGUAGUUAUAUAUUUUUAAAAUAAAGUGUUUUUAUCUGUC